AUGUGGGUCCUGGAGCACUUAGCAGGGGUUGGGGGGCGGCCCAGAGACCCCAGCCACCAUGAGGGGCAGCGCAGGCUGGUGGGGGAGCCCCUGGAGAUCCGGGGGGUGAGGGUGAAGAAGGAAGAGGAGGAGAAAGGAGCCGGGUGCCUGCUGGGCAUGGGCAAGCCACACGUCUCGGAGCCGCUGGGCCAGGAGGGGGCCGGUGGCCUCAGUGCCCACUGCCGCACUCGCCCGGGGCCGCACCCGCUCCCUGCCCAGCCCUCCCUGCUGGCCGCGCCCCCGCGGUCACGCCCGGGCACCGGGCAGGGCGCCAGCCCCCCGGCUAAGCCCUAUGCCUGCUCGUUCUGCCCCGAGCGUUUCAAGCGUGCCUCGGACCGGCGGGACCACGGGCGGGUGCCCACGGGCGAGCGCCCCACCGCUGCCGGGUGUGCGGCUGCGGGGAAGCUGACGACGGGGGGAGUGGCUGAGGAAGAGGAGGGUGGUCGUGCUCGCUGCUUCUUGCUGGAGAAGCUGGACCGGGCACCCCAACUGUGCCCGAGCCCUGAUGCCCAUGAGCUGGGUGUGCCAGUCCAUGCCCCUCCCUGGCCUCUAAGCCCUGCUGCUCCUGGCCAGGGCAAGCCAGUCCAUGCCCCUCCCUGGCGCCCGAGCCCCAGGGCCCAUUCCCCACAUGGCAGGCUGCCCGCUCCCCCGCCUGAUGCCCGGCAGUACAUCUGCUUUGUGUGCUCCAAGCGGUUCAAGCGGGCCACCGACCUGAAGGAGCACCUGUGGGUGCCCACGGGCGAGCGCCCCUUCGCCUGCAGGGUCUUCGGCAAACGCUUCACCCGGUCCUCGGCCCUGGCCACCCACCUGCGCAUCCACACGGGCGAGCGCCCCCACCGCAGCCCCGUCUGCCCCAAGAGCUUUAACAAUGCCUCCAACUUUGCCAAGCACCGGCGGGGGCACUCGGGGGAGCGCCCCCACCGCUGCGCCUUGUGCGGAAAGAGCUUCCGGGAGCACCGGUGGGUGGUCCGGCACCUCCGGGCCAUGCACCCGCCGCUGGGGUGA